GCCAUCUCUUCGGCUAGGGCAGCUCUGUCAAACCCGUACAGGGAACGUAAAAAACGGUGUGUAGAGGCCGCGACAAAGCGUACACUCAGUAUCCGCAAACAUGACAGGCAGGAAAUUCUUCGUCGGUGGGAACUGGAAGAUGAACGGGGACAAGAAGAGCCUUGGCGAACUGAUUGAUACUCUCAACAAAGCCAAGCUCCACGCGGACACCGAGGUUGUGUGUGGCGCUCCAGCCAUCUACCUGGACUUUGCCCGAUCCAAACUGGAUCCCAAAAUCGGCGUUGCCGCACAGAACUGCUACAAGGUCCCCAAGGGCGCCUUCACCGGAGAGAUCAGCCCUGCGAUGAUUAAGGACUGUGGUGUGCACUGGGUGAUUCUCGGUCACUCAGAGAGACGUCAUGUCUUUGGGGAGAGCGAUGAGCUGAUUGGUCAGAAGGUGGCUCAUGCCCUGGAGACUGGUUUGGGAGUGAUCGCCUGCAUCGGCGAGAAGCUGGAUGAACGGGAGGCGGGCAUCACUGAGAAGGUCGUCUUUGCACAGACCAAGGUCAUCGCAGAUAACGUUAAGGACUGGAGUAAAGUCGUCUUGGCUUAUGAACCCGUUUGGGCCAUCGGUACUGGCAAGACUGCCUCCCCACAGCAGGCCCAGGAAGUCCAUGACAAGCUCAGGCACUGGAUGAAGACCAAUGUGUCUGAGGCUGUUGCCAACUCCGUCAGGAUCAUCUACGGAGGUUCCGUCACCGGGGGAACCUGCAAGGAGCUUGCCUCCCAGAAAGACGUGGAUGGCUUCCUGGUGGGCGGAGCUUCCCUGAAACCUGAAUUUGUCGACAUCAUCAACGCUAAGGCGUAAAAAAAAGAGAGGGGCAGAGAUAAAAAGAGAGAGAGAGCGCAAAAAAGAAAGAAAACAGAACAAACUGUGGCUGACUCCAUCUCCCUCCCUGACGCCCUCAACAUCCAUUUCACUAAAAGCACUUAGUUACCAUCACCAACGCUGUCCCCCCCCCUCCCCCCCCUCCCUGAAAUGUUCUUGUGAUGUCACUGCCUUUUGUUUCAUUUUAAUUUUUUGUUUGUUUGUUUUGUUGUUGUCGUUUAAAAAAAAAAGAGACAGAUUGACUCACGUACUGUACGCUGGCACAUGUGGAAUAGUUGCACUGAGAAUUCCUCACAGCCUGGUGUGUGAAGGUGUGUGUGUGUGUGUAUACACACACACGCUAACCUGACCUCCACACUGGUGUUGUAACUUAUAGACUGAACAAGACAAACCAACACAUGGUGAAAAAAAACGAAACUAACGAAGCCAGUGCUUUUUACUUGAAACAAAAACGUUUACCAUCGUUUUACAUGUUAAAACAGCGUCACAUCUCUAGAUGAACGUCAAUGAAAAGCAGCGUCUUUUUUUUUUUUUUACUGCUGAAAGAGCUGCAAGAUGAUUGGGUACCAAGGCUUCCUGUAGCAGUGCAUCAGCUCUCCUAUAGGCUGCUGUGGCUGGUGGGAGGAGCUUUUUUUUCAUGUCAGUUGUGUUGUCUUGGCCAGCAGUGUACAGGGGAAAGGACUGCAGGUGGAAACAGUGUAAUAAACGGUCAAAGAAGAAA